CAAAACCGAAAGUAAAAAAGCGGAAGUGGGAGCAGUGACAUGAUUAAUACAUUGUUUUAGAAUUUAACACCAAAACCUACAGAAAUGGAUGCUGACGGUCUUCCUUUAGUUGGCCCAGGGAUAGAUUAUACAAAAGUAGACGCCAUUAACCAAAAGCGUUUGAUUGCCUUCAUCAACCAUUUUGUAACUCACACAGCAGGAUUCCUGAACAGGUUUUCAUGUGUAUGUGAGGAGAAACUGGAGCACCUUUCUCACAGGAUUCAGCAACUCGAUAUCACAAUGAGCCUCCUUGAAGCAAAGAUCAAUUCCAUACCUGGCUUAGAGAAUGUGACGGCACCAUUAUCGUCAUCAUCCUCAUCAAGUAGUUCCACAGCACCAGCAGCACCAACAGAAGGGGCGGGACCUGUAGCCCCUCCCACUGUUGCAGCUCCUGCUGUUCCAGCGGCACCGGCCCCUGGGAGUCAGGAAGCUCCACCCCCACCCCCUGCAGAACCUGUGGCAGCAAACCCUGUAUCAAAGGACCCUCGAUAUCAAAAGUUUUUCAAAAUGCUUCAGUUUGGUGUACCAGUGCCUGCUAUAAAAACCAAGAUGUCAGUGGAAGGUUUGAAUCCUGACCUUCUGGACACACCGGAUGCACCAGCCCCAGCAGGUGGUACCACAAAGGCCAACGAUGACGAUGAUUUUAGCUCCAACAGUGAGGAUGAGGAGUCAGAAGAAGAUGACAGUGACUUUGACUAACUGUGGUUGUUACAUUAGUUAUAUUAAUUAGAGCUAUUUAAAUAAAGGCCCAUUUAAAGCCUGUUCAUGAGACUUUCUGACAGGUGACACAUUAAAAUUACAUUUAUAGAACUCAUGCAUUGACUCUGCUCAAAUUUAUGAGUUUUUUUUUGCAAAAUGAAUAUAAUAUUUUUUUAAAUGCUGAAAUGCUUACAAACUGUAAAUUCUUGAGGACAGAACAAUUUGUUGUUAUGAAUAACAAUAGGAGUGAAAAUAGACUCGGAAUGUGAAGAUAAGCAUUUCAAUUACUAACUGAUAAAUAUGCACAAAAAGUCAAGUUGAGAAAAGAUUCAUGGGUGCGAAACUGUUAUUAAUCAAGAAAGCAAAUUAUGAAUUUAACACCGAAUUUCUUAUACAAUUAAGAAAAAAAUCAGGACGAAUGAAUAUUUUGAAAAAACCCAAAGUAUUGAGAUUAAUUAUGUUCCAAUUAACAUUGAUCAACUAUAUGUGAAAGAAAAUAGAAAGAAAUCUGUUGAUUUCGCUGUAAAGAAAAGAUAUUAUUUUCUACAAUCUUCAUUAUGUAUACCUUAUGCGUUUGUGUAACAAGACCUCAUAGAAUUUUUUAACCAGGUUUUUAACCAGGUUUUCCGAAGGAAAAAACUGGUUAUUAGAUUGGCGAAUGCGGGCUGGCUGGCUGGCUGGCGGGCGGGCGGAACAAGCUUGUCCGGGCCAUAACUAUGUCGUUCAUUGUCAGAUUUUAAAAUCAUUUGGCACAUUUGUUGGACGGUGUGUCGCGCAAAAUAAUUACGUCGAUAUCUCCAAGGUCAAGGUCACACUUUGAGUUCAAAGGUCAAAAAUGGCCAUAAUGAGCUUGUCCUGGCCAUAACUAUGUCAUUCAUUGUGAGAUUUUAAAAUCAUUUGGCACAUUUGUUCACCAUUAUGGGACGGUAUGUCGCACGAAAGAAUCACGUCAAUAUCUCCAAUGUCAAGGUCGCCACGACUAAAAAUAUAUUUUUUUUAAAAACAAACUUACAAAGGGGGUUAAUUUUGUUUGUUCAUUUCAAAAGUUCAGUUUGAGUUUUCUCCCUUUAUCAGAUUUUUUUUUCACAAUGAAAACCUGGUUUUGUGACAAUUUUGUCCCUUGUUUAUAAAUACAGUGUUGGAACAAAAUGUGCUUCUUAUUCGAGUAAAUUUGUGGCAUUUAUACUAAAAUUUCAUGCAUUCCAGUGUUACGUACUGGUUUAGUUUAGUAUAGACACAUUUUUUGAUUGAAUCAAAUUUCAAUACAAAGAGGACAUUCUUGUACAUUUUAUCAUGUUCAUCCUUAUACAAAUAUUAAAUAUCAGUUUUAUAUUAAACGCAAUUAUUCAUAUGAACAAUGUUUCUUUUUUGUAACAAGUGGUUGUGUUGUUAAAGAUUGAUGUCAUUAUGUGCAAUAUUAGUUUGAACUUGUUAAUAUGAACAUCGUUCUGUGAUAACAGGGCUUAAUGCAUUUUCCUUUAGUGGUGCCCUAGAUUUGUGUGCACAGUCAUCACAUCCUUAUCAGGGACAACACUGCACAGGCUUAUCUAGGAUAACACUAAUACACACAUGAAAUAAGCCCUGUUGUCACAGAGUGGGGCUCAAAUGUUACUUAAUGUAUAUUUUACAUGUAAGUUGUCUGGAUAUACAGUUUUAGGGCUGAAUGUUUUUAUUUGUUUGCCCAAUAUAAGUAAUAUGAACAUACUGGUUAAAUAUGAUAAUGAAGAUAUACAUUCUACUUGUAUAGCAAAGUGACUACAUAUUGAUAACGGGUAUUAUUUGCGGACAACUUAUAUGGCAAUUUUGACUGUCACAUAAGUCUAGAUGCAGUAUUAUACUAAAAGUUAACACUUUAAAACGAAUAUUUCAUACAGAAGUGAUGUAAUCAAACAUUUGAAAGUUUCAAUAAUGUUCAAUAUGUUAAUAAUAAUAUGUUUGCAUGUAAGUUUACUCGGUGUUAAUGAGAAAUAAAUACUCAUUUUUAAUACA